CUUUUUUUUUCCUCUCUCUUCUCCCCUCUUUCCUCCAAAUUCCUAUUCUCCAAUCAGUAACCCUAUUCCUCUGCUAAUUCAAAGCGGGGGACUCGUCCUUUCUUUCUCUCCUCUUUCUGGGUCUCUGACUGAACUGUAAAUGGGGAGACACUCCUGCUGCUACAAGCAGAAACUCAGGAAAGGGCUAUGGUCCCCUGAAGAAGACGAGAAACUCCUUCGCCAUAUCACCAAGUACGGCCAUGGCUGCUGGAGCUCUGUCCCCAAACAAGCUGGGCUACAGAGGUGCGGGAAGAGCUGCAGGUUGAGGUGGAUUAAUUACUUGCGUCCUGAUUUGAAGAGAGGCGCAUUCUCCCAGCAAGAGGAGAACCUCAUCAUUGAGCUCCACGCCGUUCUUGGCAAUCGGUGGUCUCAGAUUGCCGCACAAUUGCCGGGGAGAACGGACAACGAGAUAAAAAAUCUGUGGAAUUCUUGCCUCAAGAAGAAACUCCGGCAGCGAGGGAUCGAUCCCGUUACCCACAAGCCCCUUUCCGAGAUUGAAAAUGCCGACGAGAACAAGAACAUGAACGGGUCAUCCCCUGUUUCCGGCAGCGGCACCGGCGACGAGGAUAAAUCCGUCUCCGGCGAGCUGAACCUGUUGAGACCCGAAAUUCACAGCAAAACGAGAGGCCUCCAGUCUCCAACGCAGCAACAGCCGACAAUUCCCAUUUCCGAUUGCGGCGGCGCCGCCGCCGCCGGGAGCCUGAUGAGUACCAAUAAGGAUUUCUUGCUGGAUAGGUUCGGUGGGAACUGUCAUCAGUCACCGACGGAUUUGGUGGGUCAUUUGAAUUUCCCUCUCCACCAAUUGAAUUACCCUGCCGCCGCCGCCUCCACCUCCCCUGCCGACGGCCGUAUUUCCACCAACUCGAUUCCUCCGCUCUGGUACGGUAGCGGCGGUGGAAAGCCAUUCGACAUAAAUUCCGAUUUCUCCUCCCCUGCCGCCACCGGCAUUAGCCUCCCCGCCUCCUUCUUCUCCAACAAUUACAAGCCGGCUUCUGUCGGUGGCGGCGGGGAAAAUUCUCCUCCGCCCUCUUUCAAUCGGUUCUGGGAACCAGCAGCAGCAGGAGUGCCGCCGAGCAGCAACAACAACAGCAGCAGCAGCGGGAGAAGCAGCUCGUUCUUCGACACCGCCGCCAUUUUCUCCUGGGGGAUUUCCGAUGCGGAGAAAGGACAGGCGCAGGACGAAAUCAAGUGGCCGGAGUACCUAACCAGCCCGCUGCUAUCCGCGUCUCUGCAGAACCAAACCCAACUGUACAGCAACGAGAUAAAAUCGGAAUCCCAGCUGCUGCCGGAGAAUUCAGCCGGCGGCAUGUGGAUUCACGGCGGCGGACAGCAGGAGCCGCAGCCGACGACGACGACAUUGCAGCAGUUCUCCGAUUUGUCGUGCCCGAAGGAUUUCCAGAGGCUCACGGCGGCGUAUGGACACAUCAAUUAAGCUUUAUUAUCCUCCUCCUCCUGUGCUGUACUUUCUCUCCUCUGUUCUUCCUUCUCUCUCUGUCCCUUCAGGUGAGAAAAGGAAAAACAGAGAGAAAAUUGUUACCGCGGCAAAGAAUGGUUGUUCUGUUUUCUUUUUUACCGCUUUUACUCUUUUUUAUCUUGACUGGGUUUGUUUUUUUUUUUUUUUUACGUUUUUACCGUUUUACCACUUGUGUGUGCCACAGUUUUUUUUACCCUAUUGUAAAUAGAUCAGAAGAUACAAGUCAACAACAGGACAUGUAGAGUUUUGUGAAGCUAAUUAAUCCUCCUCUUCUAUUAUUCUUCUUGGCAGAAUAAGCGCUCUGAUUGCGUUUCCCAGCGUUAAUUUUCAAUCAUUUGUAUUUCUAUAGGAGUUUUGUGCAUUUUAAUAUUAGAG